AUGGAUACUGGUGGGAUCGUGGUUGAGGAUAAGGAGAACCCCAUCAUUGUUGUGGAAGGGAAGAGACUGGAUCCAAUUGUUCAGAUCGCCAUUGACAACUCAAGGAACAUCUUGUACACACGCUCAGAAAAGGGUGUGCUACAGGUGUAUGACUUGGGCGUUGAUGGCCAGGGAAUGGGUAGAGUGGCUUCCUUAUCUCAGAAUUCCAUCGUUUCUGCAGCAGGCAACAUAGCCAGGACUAUAGAUCGAGCUGUGUUCAAACCAAUUGUCCACAUAGCAGUGAUUGAGAACUCGGAGUCCGUGGAUUGCCACCUGUUGGCUGUGACACAUGCAGGUGUUCGACUGUAUUUCAGCACUACACCCUUCAAGCACGCAGGUGUACGGCCCAGUGUGCUGGUGCUUGUACAUGUCCGCCUGCCACCAGGAUUUUCUGCCUCAGCUACUCCUCAGAGACCCUCCAAAGUUCACAAAGCUCUUUACACCAAAGGUAUUCUGCUACUGGCUGCCUCUGAGAAUGAUGACAAUGAUGUCCUCUGGUGUAUUAAUCAUGAUUCCUUUCCAUUCCAGAGACCCCUCAUGGAAGUACAGAUGACAGCAAAUAUUGAUGGUCACUCAUGGGCACUAUCCUCCAUUGACCACUCCCAGCUUCAAAAGAUUGUUACUCCACUCAACAAAGACCGUGUCCCCCUCACUGACCCACCAGUUGUAAUAGUCCAGCAUUUGGCACCUCCCAAAAGAUUUAUCCUACUUACAGCACAGGGCAGCCAUUUUUUCCAGAAAUUACGUCCUGUGGACCAACUACGUCAUCUCCUCGUGAGCAACGCAGGUGGAGAGGGAGAGGAUAUUGAGCGAUUCUUCAAACUACAUCGGGUAAUGACAAAGCUGUAUCCACAAGGCACACCACCUGAUAUUGAGUUGCCGUCGAUGCCCCUUGGUAGCCCCUUCUCCAGUCCCAGUGUGUCGGCUAUUCCAGCCUCAGGUUUGAAGCCUGUUAGCAUGUCAACGCCACUCUUCUCCCCUGGAAGCCCUGGAGUGUAUGGCGGGGUCCCUCUGCCUCCAGUCACUGCAAUGUCUGGACCAGAGGUGGUCUUUUCAGGAAAGCAUAAUGGCAUCUGCAUCUAUUUCACCAGGAUCCUGGGGAAUAUCUGGGACAGCAGUAUAGCAGUGGAACAGACUGUCCCCCAUUCAAGGCAACAGACAGUACUGUUUGAGAGCAGUGUUGCUGCGAAAUGUCUGGCGAGCAUUCUGCUUGAACUCAAUGGAUUGCGGGAAUUCCUUGAUAGAAACUCCCAAUUUGGAUCUGGAACUCUAGGAAAUGCAAGUUUUAGUGCUUCCAAUGUACCACAGAGGCUGCUGGGUUUCAUACGUCCUGAUGGAGGUUCACAGCAAGUUCAACAGGAGUUACAAAGGAAGUACCACACCGAAGCACAGGCUUAUGAGAAGCUGUCACUGCAGGGUAUACAGCAGCUGAUCCAUUACACCUGUCAGACUCUAACUCUCUGGAAGAUGCUCUGUGAUCACCAAUUUGGCGUAAUCAUCGCAGAUUUACAAAAGGAACUCCAGGAACAGUUGAAAUCAACUCCAUUCCGGGAUUUGGUUAUCCGAGGGAAGGAAUUAGGUGGGGCGCUCAUAACUUCACUUAUUAACCGAUACAUUGGGGACAAUGCCUCAGUAGAUGCCAUCAGUAAGCACCUGAGGGACACUUGCCCCCUGCUCUACAGCAACGACGAUGCAGUGUGUUCCAAGGCGAAUGAGCUGCUGCAGAGCGCACGACAGGUUCAGAACAAGGCAGAGAAGGAGAAAGCCAUGAGAGAGUCACUACGCCUGUAUCAGGAGAUCGGGCACCAGGUUGACCUUCCCAGUGUCUGUACACAGUUCAGGCAAGUGCGUUACUAUGAGGCUGUGGCUGAGUUGAGCCUUUCUGCUGCUGAUAAGAAGGAUCCACAGGGCCUGGGCCUUCAUUAUUAUAAGAAUGGAGAGCCAGAAGAAGAUCCAAUUGGACAGCAAGCCUUCCAGGAGAGGCUGAACUGCUACAAAUGCAUCUCGGACACACUGCAGGAGCUGGUGAACCAGAGUAAGGCUGCUCCACAGUCUCCCAGCGUCCCCAAACUACCAGGUCCUCCAGUACUGUCAUCUGACCCCAACAUGUUGAGUAAUGAGGAGGCAACGCAGCAUUUUGAACAAAUGUUGAAGCUUGCUCAGAGGUCGACAGAUGAACUCUUCAACAUUGCUUUAUUUAAUUGGCUGAUCCAGGCUGACCUGAUGGACAAGCUGCUGGAGGUUAAUUCUCCAUUUCUUGAGCCAUAUUUGGUCCGUAUGGCAAAGCAAGAUCAGAACAAAGUUCGUUACAUGGACUUGCUUUGGAGGUAUUAUGAGAAGAACCGCAACUUCAGCAAUGCUGCAAGAAUUCUAGCUCGCCUUGCAGACAUGCACAGCACCGAAAUCUCACUGCAGCAAAGGAUCGAAUACAUAUCUCGGGCCAUCCUCAGUGCAAAAAGCUCCACUGCAACAUCAUCACAGGCUGCUGAUGGUGAGUUUUUGCACGAGUUGGAGGAGAAAAUGGAGGUGGCCAGGAUCCAGCUGCAGAUUCAGGACACCUUGGUACGCAAUUAUUCUCAGCAUCCCUCUGUGCAGGAAGCAAUCUCUCAACUCGAUGCAGAGCUCAUGGACAUCACCAAGUUGUACGGAGAGUUUGCUGACCAUUUCCGUCUCUCGGAGUGUAAGCUGGCUAUCAUCCAUUGUGCAGGUCACUCAGACACCAUCCUCGUGCAAACCCUUUGGCAAGAAAUAAUUGAGAAAGAAUUGGCUGACAGCAGGUUAAUGAGUUGCAUGGAUCGGAUGCAGACCCUGAGUAUGAAGCUUGUCUCUUUGGGAAAACUAUAUGCAGGGACUCCUCGCUAUUUUCCACUGGAGUUUCUGGUCCAGUACCUAGAGCAGCAAUCCUGUGUGCUCAGUUGGGACACUGGGUUUGUCACCUUCACCAUGCAAGAGAUUGGAAUAAGUUUACCCAGACUGCUGCAAGUGUAUAAUCAGCUCUUCAAAACACGGGAUCCUUACUGGCAGCGGGUCAAAAAGCCUCUUCAUUUGUUGGAGUGCAUUCAUGUCCUUCUCAGUGCCUACGUGCAGGAACCCAAUAAAGUCCCAGCCCAUGAGAGACGACGAUUCACCAAUAGUUGCUUGGAUGCAGUUGGCCGAUUCCUUGUUGAACUUCAGUCUAUGAGCCCAACCAGCGCCUUACAGACAACGAUUGGAAAUUUUAAAUCAUUGCAAGCUAAACUGGACCGCCUGCAUUGAUCCUAUCCCUUAACAUCUGAUUUUUUAUAUAUGUCCCCAUACAGUUGUUAUUCAGUCUGCUGUGCGUAUUCCUUGGGUCCUUGAUGUCAUCUAAUGUUUGAUAGACCUUCAGAUUCGUUUCUGUUUCCCUUGUAGAAGUCAGUGUUCAGUCAGAACAUGUUGAUCACAAUCAGCUGGACUCGAUGGUAUUGAGCGGGUUAUCUGGAAUAACAGAGCUUGAUGACAGGGAUUUAAUGAACCUCCUGUUUCAGGGAUAUUAUUGAGAAUUCUUUGCGUAGAAGAAAUUCAACUUGUUACACAAAGCCCAACCUUGUUGCAUUUAAGAUACUGCACCAGGGAGAAUGUGCUGUCCAAUACACUUGUUUUAAUGCAUUUGAUAUACAAAUGAUUUCAUUGUUUUAAUUUAAAGUACUCUGCGAAAGAGAAAUUGAAUAAAGGUAUAAUUGGAUUGUUUGAGGA